CAACUCCACGCACUGAAAUGUUACUGGUUUUUUUUUCCUUACUGACUGGCGUGUGCUUUUAAACAUGGCAGCGAGCGGGCGCCGUCGCUUAGUGUACUCGCAACCGGUGUCGGGGGCACGCGUCAACGCCUCUCAUUACAAACUGCGGACAUCAAUAAAUAAAACCAACAAAUAAAACAAAUGUGCCAAAGGAAUACUAUUCUAAUUUCAAAAACUUUGUGUUCAAAAAACGCGCGAGUGAGUGUUCGACGCGUUCGUAUGGAUUUCAAUUAGCCGGCGCUACGGAGCAUUCCAAAUUAUUAGAAUUUGUCAAGGUCCGUAAAAAGAUUUAAUUGUAUUGGUGUGAAAUUGUGCGCUUUCGUAUCCUGAUUCACGUGGUCUGAAGGAUUGAAUCUCGAUGAAGAUGAAGCAACGGGUCGCGACGGACGAGCAGCCCUUCAAAACGGGCUCCACCGAUGACUCCUCACCCAGCAUAGAAGAGCCUGCAGCAGCAUUGGUGGUACCUCCAGAUGGCGGAUGGGGUUGGGUGGUUAUGAUAGCCUCCUUUUGCUGCAACUUCAUGGUCGAUGGUGUUAUCUUGUCCGGUGGAGCCCUUCUGCCUUCCAUUAGAGCAGAAUUCAAUGCUACUGAGAGUCAAGUGGCGCCUAUAGUGUCUCUGCUAGCCGGCUUCUAUCUUCUUCUGGGCCCCAUAGCAUCAGCCUUAGCGAACAAGUAUGGAUUCCGCAAGGUGUCAAUCUCCGGCAGUGUGAUUGCGUUCAUCGGAUUUGCCAUCUCCUACUAUGCCACUAGCCCUCUCUACCUUUACAUUACAUAUGGACUUAUUGGAGGUUUUGGAGUAUGCUUGAUAUUCAUGCCAGCAGUGUUGACUGUUGGGUUCUACUUCGAGAAAUGGCGCGCUCUAGCGACGGGCAUCGCUCUCUGUGGCUCUGGAGUCGGCACCUUCGUGAUGUCACCAAUCACUGCCAUACUUAUCAACAAAUUCGGAUGGAGGGUCACUAUUCUGUUUCAAGCUGGUAUGAUGCUGUCUUGCAUAAUUUUUGGAUCAACAUUCAGACCGAUAAAACCGAUCACAGUAGUAGUGGAGGAAGAAUCAAGCGGGGACAAGGAAGACGAACGUAGAGCCGAAGUUGAAAAAGUCAAAGACAUGAUGAAACUUCAAGGCAGACUGGAUGCAGGCAUCAGAAUGCCGCACGAUAUGAAGUUCGCUACCAGAGCUACUCCCCACACCUGGAUGGGAGUGCCAAACAACACUCGCUAUCCAACAGCCGAGGAGGUCUUCCGUGGAAGCACUACUGUCAUCAAUGCUCAACGCCGAUCUUCCGCCACAGCGAGUGCAAUCAAAACUAACCUUGGAGCCAAACCCGCAUACGCAACAGUCUCCGAGAAAGACGAACAAGAAGACUCUAGCACCACCCCUGAGAAGCAAGCAAAGCAACCCUUGAUCGGAUCGGUUCUUAGGGUAAUAUCGCAACAAGACUACCACUCGCAGCGACGACAGUCGUCAACUGUUGACUUGGCUGCCAGACCUUUGAAUCGAGAGGAUAUUUUCUUCGGAGCAAGUUUAGCAAGGCUGCCGCAGUACACGUCUCGAACAUCUCUUGGCUAUCACUUGGCGGUGACGCAUAUUCCUCCUCCCGAAGACCCCAAAGACAGCAAGGGCAGAUGCCGCAUGUGUCCCGUGGCAGUGCGAAGAGCUUUAGCCACUUUACUAGACUUCAGCCUAUUUAAAUCUUUGACCUUCAAUAUUCUGGCUAUCAGUGGAUUUUUCACAAUGCUUGGGUUCUUCGUGCCGUUUAUGUACGUGCAAAACAGAGCUUACAAAAGUGGGGCCAUGGAAAACGACUUGAUUGAUUGGCUAGUGGCCUCUAUAGGAAUAGCUAAUAUAAUUGGGCGUGUGUUGUGUGGAUUGGUUUCUUCGAUGCCGAAAGUAUCUCCGUUGUUGGUGACGAACAUCGCACUCACCGUGGGUGGUAUCAGCACCAUGAUGAGCAAUAUCAGCUUUUCUCCGUACUACCAGUUCUUAUACUGUGUCCUGUUCGGCUUUUCAGUUGCUUGCUUUGCCGCGCUCCGUUCGAUCGUGGUGGUGGAAUACCUCGGUCUGGAGCGGCUAACCAACUGUUAUGGCCUGUUCCUUCUCUUCCAAGGCAUCGGUGCUUUAAUCGGGGCUCCUAUUGCAGGAAUGCUAUACGACGCCACCGAAAGCUACGAUGUUUCAUUCUACGUAUCGGGAGGAUUCAUAUUAUUAUCAGCGGUGAUGUGCUACCCUAUCAGGAGGAUCAACAAUUGGGAGAAAAACCGCGCGGAAGCUAAGACGAAGGCGUCACUAAGCACAAGCGACAGCCCAUUGAGUUUAGUCAAUAAAGUGUAAGGACAUUGCCGACUACACAUUGGUGCCAAAAAUAGUGAACGCAGUUUUCCAACUGCGGAAAGAGUGCGUAAAACGAAACGCACCUCUGAGCUGGCAUUAUACCAUCUGCCGAAGGAUGAGUGCACUAAUGCGUGUGAUGAAUAACAAAUUAUGCCACUGCAUAGUUUGAAUACCAGCCUUAUUCCCGUAUUCAUGAAUGACCUUAUACGUAAGUGACUGCACACACUGCCAACGUAAUGGUUUAACAUUACCUUGGCACAUUCGUUCAUGAAUAUGGAAAUUCUAUAUAAUUGUUUUUGUAAGACUUGGAUUUUUUAAAUCUACAUUUAUUUACAAAAUGUACCUAGGUUUAUGUUAGAUUUAUCAGUCAGCGUGGAGAGAUCAAGUUACAUGUAAUUUUAAUUUUAUUGUAAACUAAUAUACACAGUCCUAAACAUGUACCUCGAAUACGAAAUUAUAAAUUAGAUACAUUCCCAAUAGUUAAGGAUUGGCCAAAUUGCGCUCUAGUCGAUAAGACUACGUAUUCAAAUUCACCAAAAUUAUUAACCUUGCCUUCAUAAUUAGUUUGUCUGAAUGAAAAGAGCUAUUAUUGGUCCUCACAUAUUAAAAUCGCUAUCGCUAGAUCUUAUGAUUUGGAUACAUCUUUCAUUUUCUAAAAUCUCACUACAAUUUGACCAUUCCUUAAAUCUUUAACAAAACUGCAAGAGUUGGUUACUUUUGCAAUGAUUUGAUUAAGUCAGAUAAAUGCAUUUAAAAUAGGUUUAGAGGUUUUAAAAGUACAAAGACUCGAAAUAUUAUUAUAGUUUCGUGUUUUCGUCCCAAUUAGGGCCCUUAGAGAGAUCUGAAGCCAAAAUGUACUUUAAAUUAUAGUGUUACAUUUAACGUUAGAUAGCAUUGUGUGCCUAGUUCAUACUUACUUAAAGUGGUGCAUAAUAUAAGACUACUAAAGAGUACUUCGAUUUUAUUAUCUACCUAAUGCAUAUCAUGCUAAAUGAAUUUAUUAUCAAUUUUAAAUAUGUGAAUAACGAGUAAAUUUUCUUAACAAUCGUGCCUUUGAAUGAAUUAUAUUUUAUUAUGAACAUAUUCAUGUUACGUAAAUAAAUUGAACUCAAAUGUUAAACGUAGUCGUUGUUAUAGCAGAAGUUAUAUUGUAAAUAAAGUGGUAAUGCAAUUAUUGUAGGACGUAGUUAGUAAUAUGUGUUACUAACAUAUUUAAUUUAGUUUAAGGACUAUUACUGUGGCUGUGGUCUAAUAGCGUAUAUAUGCUUAAAUUGUUUACUUACCUAAUUAAGAAAUCAUAGUCAUUCACUUUCGAAUCGUAAAUCAUUUGAUCAUAAAAAAAUGUUGCCACUAACCAUUUUUAUUCCUUUUAAAGAUACUUAACUCUUUGAAUAGCUAUCUUUUUGUACCUUAAAAUGCAGAUUAAAAUAAAGACAGUUUAUAAUAUUUUUAGACAAAGAUUUUGAGUAGUUACUCCUUUAGGUACAAAAGUACAAUAUAAUUUAUUUGUUGAGAAUUUGUUACUUUUUGAUAGUGACUAUGAUUUUUUUUUAUUUGUUUAAUAUGUUUGUCGAUGCCACAGUGCCAUAUCAUAGUGUAAAAUUAUUUAUGGAAUGAUCCUGGAGCACGCUUGACUAUUGUCUUGCCGUUCAUCAUGACAAUUUAACGUACAAAUUGUCGAUGGAAAAAUAAUAUGUCUCUUGUUUAACCGUUUUGUGAUGAUAAGUGUGUAAACAAUCAUACAAUCUUCCUUGGCCCUUUUGAAAUACAUGAUAUUUGCCAAAUAAA